GUGAAAUUUUGUUGCUUUUUUGGAGAAGAUGCUGUGUGCUUGUUCAGGUGAGCAAUUCAAAUUUGAUGAGCCACCACCAGAGUCUCCUGAGUCAUUGGCCACAAGGGAUUUUUCAGCUAGUGGUAUUUCUUCAAGAAAUGGAACAGUAGAUUGGGAUUCAAAGCUUGAUGAUGCACAAGUUGAUGAAGUUGAAUCAACUUUAAAAGAGGCACUUUCCUUGAACUAUGAGGAAGCAAGAGCUUUGUUGGGGAGGCUAGAAUAUCAAAGAGGGAAUUUUGAUGCUGCCCUUCAAGUGUUUCAAGGAAUAGAUAUUAGAACCCUGUCAUCGAGAAUGUCUAAAGCCAUUUCUGAGAGAACGAGGCCCUUAAAACCGCGUUCCAAAGGUGAUAUCGUGCCUGCUGGUGUAAUGUCACUGCAUUCUGUGAGUUUACUUCUUGAAGCAAUUUUGCUUAAAGCAAAAUCCUUAGAAGAGCUCAGCCGAAUCAAAGAUGCUGCUAAGGAGUGCAAGAUGAUACUGGAUGUUGUCGAUUCAGCAUUACCAAAUGGAAUACCAGAUGGAAUUUCUGAAGACUGCAAGUUAUUGGAGAUGUUUCAUAAAGCACUCGAGUUACUUCCGAAGUUAUGGAUACAAGCAGGAUAUUUGGAUGAAGCUGUGCUUGCAUAUCGAAGGGCGCUAAUCAAGCCAUGGAAUUUGGAUUCCCAAAGAUUGGCCUGUAUACAAAAAGACUUAGCCACCACUUUACUCUUUGGAGGCGUUGAAGUUGAGGUUCCUGCUCAAUUUCAAGUGUGGGGUUCAACAGCCCCUAAAAGUAACUUGGAGGAAGCAAUUCUCUUGUUGUUUGUACUCAUGAGCAGAAUGCUAAAUGGUCAAAUAAUAUGGGAUUCUGAAGUCAUGAGCCAUUUGACAUUCGCGCUGACAAUUUCUAACAACUUUGAGUCUGUUGCAGAUCAUAUUGAGCAGGUUAUUCCCGGAGUUUAUACCCGAGCAGAGAGGUGGUAUCUACUUGCUCUUUGUUACAGUGCUGCAGGUCAGAAUGAUACGGCAUUGAACCUUGUCAAGAAAAUUUCUGGAUGUUCGGAAGCCAACCAAGAACCUUAUAUUCCAUCUCUCUUGUUGGGAGCAAAGCUGUGUUCUCAGGAUCUGCAGCAAGCUCACGAGGGGAUAAAUUUUGCUCGUCAAGUAAUUAACUCGGCCAAAAAUCAAGACGAACAUUUCCUAGUUCAAGCUCAUAAACUUCUUGGCGUCUGUUAUGGAAAUGCUGCAAGAGUUUCCCUUUCGGAUUUUGAAAGAAAUUUCUGCCAAAGAGAAGCAUUAGCUGCCUUAAACUCAGCUUCAGUUUGCAAGGAGGAUCCAGAAAUUAUGUUUAUUCUUGGAUUAGAAAAUGCCAUCCAAAGAAACUUGACUCCAGCUUUUAAUAAUGUAAUGCGCUACUCAGAAAUGUCGGCUGGAAGUACAGCGAAAGCUUGGAAGUUGUUGGCUUUAGUCGUUUCUGCAGAACAGAGAUUCAAAGAUGCUGAAGCCAUAGUUGAUCUUGCUCUCGAUGAGACUGGACAAAUCGACCAAAUGGAACAUCUCAGAUUAAAAGCUGUCCUUCAAAUAUCUCAACAACAGCCCAAGCAAGCCAUAGAGACAUACAGGAUUCUACUUGCUUUGAUUCAAGCACAAAAGGAGUCCGCGACAAAUGAUGUGGUAACUUCUCAGAGAAGAUUAGAAGUUGAAGCAUGGCUUGAUUUAGCAGGAUUAUAUACAGAUCUUGAGUCGUGGCGUGAUGCUGAAAUAUGUAUAAACAGAGCCAAAGCAAUUCAAUUUUUCUGCCCGCGGAAUUGGCAUGCAACAGGUGUAUUAUUUCAAGCUAAAGCAAGAUAUAAGGAAGCUCUUGUUGCCUUCACAGUUUCUCUAUCAAUAGAACCAGAAUAUAUCCCCAGCAUUGUUUCUACAGCUAAAGUCCUUAUGAAGAUGAGUAACGACGUAGCCCCUAUUGCUAGAAGCUUUUUAAUGAAUGCUCUACGAUUAGAACCAACGAACCAUGAAGCGUGGUUUAACCUUGGAAUGCUUGCAAAGAUGGAAGGAUCAGUCCAUCAAGCAGCAGAUUUUUUCCAAGCUGCACACGAGUUAAAGCUUUCUGCACCAGUUCAAAGUUUUAUCUGAUAGUGACUACUAAGUCAAGGCAGAAAAUGAAAACUUGACUUCAGCCAUACAUCCAGUAGCAAUUUGUUAAUAGCGUAGACGUUUGUGACUGAUUUAUGAAGUCUAUCUGGUUCUAUGUACUUCCCAACAUGAACAGGAUAGUACUACCUAUCGAUGUUGAUGAACAACAUCUCCGACAGGCUAAUGGACAUGAUACGGAAGUAGUAUCAGUACUCAUGGUAUUUUGUAUCAGUGUAUAUAACAAUUAGUACAUCUUUUUGCUGGCUUUUGGAGUAAUAUCU